AUGCCUAUUCGUAUUUUCACUGAUUGUGCCAGGGUUAACGAGUCCAAAAGGAUUGAUGCUCGUCCUGUUACGACUCCCUUGUGUGGUGCUAUUCUUCAGGGAAACUACAAUCCAGAUCUUGAUCCGAAUUGGUUAAACAUUAGAAGUGGUGUUGAUCAAAUAUUUGCUGGAGGUAUACAUGAAGCAGUUGUUGAAAAUGCUCAAGAGCCCGUGGUUGUUCAGCCUCAGGUUGAUUUUCAACAACCACCGGUUAAUCUUCCGGAACCUGAUCCCGUUCAAGAACUAGUGAUUUCUGAACCAGUUGUUGUUGCUUCUAUUCAAGAAGCUGUAUCUGUUCAAGCUCCAGUUUCUACGUCUUCAGCAACAGGAGUUGCUGUAGAAACUGAUGAUGUGAUUUUAGAGCUCGAUGCAGCUCUAGAUGCGGGUCCGUCCUCCCGUACAAUUGACAAAGGGAAGCGUCCUAUGGAAGAAGCUUCUGUGGAUGAAUCUGUAGAUGAUAUGCCUUCUGAAAAGAAAUACCUUCUGUUAGUAAUGAAGGAACUUCAAAAUCGUCUUUCACCCUCUGAGAGAGAAAAGCUUGAGUUAUUUGAAGCGAAGGUUGCUUCUCUCGGUCCCUCUUCCGAUUGGAGUAUACGCUUAGCUAGUUGGAAUGACAGAGCGAAUGAUUUAGAUUCAAUUGUGUUUAGCUCGUCCUCUUCUGAUGAUGAUGAUGAAGACAGUCGUCGUCCUGUUACUGAUACUGUUCGUGUGCCAGUUCCUCUCAGGACGUAUAAGCGACAACAUGUUGCUGUUUCGGAUCUUCAGUCUUCGAGUCCGAUGGUUGCUUCGAUGUCGUCAUCUCGUCAGUACUCUCACUCUCCCAGAAAAUCCAAGGCUAACUCCAAAAAGAAAAUGCUGACGUUCAUGGCAAAUCAGAAUGCCAGAAUCGUGCCAAAGAUAGUGUCUGAAAUUCAAGCCUCCAGCACUCCCAAUCAUUCUGGCGAUUCUCACGUAGUACAGCCUAAACCGGUCUCGUUCAACUACAAACACUUCACUAUCUGUAACCCCAAAACUUUCACUGGGAAGGAUGGAGUGACAGCUAUGUUGGAAUGGUUUGAUAGCAUGGAAGUCACGUUCAUAAAUAUUGAAUGUCCAGAGGAACUCAAGGUGCGAAGUGCCACUGGUGUUUUCCAAUCCAGGGCACUAGACUGGUGGACUAACGAGAGAAACAUUCGAUCCAAUGAGCUAGCUUACGCGUUGUCUUGGGAAGAGCUCAGACAGCUUAUGAUGGAGGAAUUCUGCCCUCCUCAUGAGCAGCAGAAGUUAGAAGAAGAGUUCUGGACCCUCAAACAAGUUGGGGAUGAAAACCUUUCAUACACUACCCGGUUCAAGCAGUUGUGUUUUAUCGUGCCUCAUUUGGUGUUGACCACAGAACGCACCAUUCGGAAAUAUAUUAAUGGGUUGCCUCCUACGAUGCGUGAUACCAUCGAGGCGGCUAGGUUGGAUAAUAUUGAGGAUGUGUACCGCCUCGCGGCAAGUUUGAAUAAUAAUCGAGUUCGUGAUAAACAAGUCGCAGCAGCAUCUAAACCUACAUCCUCCUCAAAACCCGCUCAUCAAAUCACCCACAACAAUAGGGGAAAGAAGCGUGCUCACCAAUCCUCAGUUUGCAACGCUGUUACACCAGUUGAAAAUCCAAAACCUAACCCAGCAAACCCAGAAAAGAAGCAAUACACAGGAACAAACCCUAAGUGCACCACUUGCCACUUUCAUCACCCAACUACGAGCCCAUGUAGACACUGUACCUCCUGCAAUCGUUAUGGGCAUUUGGCAGCAUAG